AUGUCAGGAAAGGCAAGUUAAGUUCGUUAAAUAUGAAUUGUUGUUUAGGGGGAUGCGGUUGAAGUUGACAAAGAAGAAAGUGAUGUCGACGAUGAAGAAGACAUCUUUGAGGUUGAUUAUUUGAUGGGAACGAAAAUGAUUAAAGGUGUCAGACAUUUUCAUGUGAGUCUGCUUUUUGAUUUUUAUAAAUAUUUUUCUUAAAAGAUCAGAUUUUUAACGGUAUUAUUAGCAGUUGCUUGGCAACCACCGUUGCAAGUGCUAUAAGAUGAUUUAUAUUUUCUUUUUAGGUUCGAUGGAAAGGUUAUGAUGAAAAUCAUGAUUCUUGGGAGCCCGAAGAAAACCUGGAGGGUUCCAUGGAGAUUGUAAAUAAGUUUAUGGAAGAAUACAAUGCUAAAAAGAAAUCUAAGGGUAAAGCUGCGAAAGCACCAGCAAAGAAGAAGGCUAAGAUCGAAAAGGCUGAAGAAGAUGAGGAGGAGGAUGUUGAGGAUGAUAAAGCUGACGAAGACGACAAAGAUGACGAUUAUUCUGUUGAAAAGAGAAAGUAAGUACUACCCAUGGUUUUGUAGACAUUUAGCCUUUUGGAUUAAUUUAUUUUUUGCACCAAAUUUAAUAUAAAUUGACAAUAAUAUGUAAAUAUCCAUUUUUGAUUUAUAUUUUUGUGGGAUAUGAUUUUUUACUGUAAAUCACUUACUUCUUGAUAAUUUUAGGUCUGCCAAAGGACAAACAUCUAAAACGUCGGAACCAUCGACCUCGAGCAACUACAAGUCAUCAGUUCUGGUCUGUAAUAUCUUAUAACAUUUCAUUUUUUAUACCUAUUUCCAACCUUUUUCUUUCUUUAAUUAUGACUGUUAUAUUAGUUUAAAUAUUUCAAAAAUUGUUUUGUGCAUAAAUGUAGAGUAGUUUAUUUGGUGUUAUUUCUUAUUACUUUAAGUUUGCAAUGUUUUAGAAGUUCCAAGAAGGUUGUAUUAAACGCAAAGCAAAUGAAGGUCGGCUUCGUUGGCUGGAAUCGGAUUCGAAUGAUUCUGACGAGGACACCAAUUCCAAGAACGACGUACUAUCUGAAUCCAAAGAGAAAGAAGACGCUUCAGAAGGACCAAGUGCUUCCAUUGAACCGCUUAAGUUCUCAUUACCUACUGGAUUGCAGCCAGAUGAACCCAAUGUGGAAGCAUCGUCACCUUCCAGCCAGAAGUCGAAGAAAAAGAAGAAGAAGGUAAGCUUUGCAGGUUUGGAGGUAUGCCUGUCUUUGCUUCGAAAUCUAUAGUUUCUAGUUUUACAAACAUUCUUUUAGUCCAAGAAACAGAAGCGCGGCAAGUCUCGGUCUAAAUCAUCAUCACCUCCUACCCAAUCCUCAGCGACCUCAAAUUCACUUUUACAAUCCGGUCGGUUUAGGUUGAUAUAGUUUUGGCUAGAGUUGUUCUUUUAAAAACAAUCUUAAAGGGAGCAUUUUACUUAAGAUGUUGUUGUAGGUUCUCAAAUCUCAUUUGUUGGUGCAUUUUUGCCAUUGAACUCAAACGACAUCAGUUAUGUAGCUACUAACAACGUCCACCAAUUCACUUAUACCUUUGACGGUAGGUUAAUGUUUUGAAUAUGAUGCUGUUCUAUAAGGUGCUUAAUGUUAUUUUUUAAAGGUAUUGGCUGUCUAAAUGUACCUUGUAAAUGAUAACAUUUAUUUUACGGUUUUCAGAAGCAUUUCAAGCAAAUUCUCGUGGCUUCUGCGAGUUUCUGGCCUCGAAAAUCGAGUUCGGUCCUCAAGGUCAGCUGAAGGUGAAGCUGCCUCGGAUGAACGGUGUAUAG